UGUGCUCUGUUUUGUGCCGUGUGACCCGACCGAGUCUGUAGUAGCAUGUACAAUGCCGAGGACAGUUGUCAAAAAGAAAGACGUUGUUAAUGAAAAGUUACGCGAGUGAUUCCUACGACAGGGCAGGAGCAAAGUCACAGUUACGAAACGACGUCCAUUUUUAAACGUAACGUGACGAAGUGUUCUGUAACGUAGUAGUACAGUGUGUUCUGUUCUGCACGCCUUCCGUCGGUCAUUCAUUUGCUGUGCUGGGCAGUGAGCAUAACCAUGUGGAGACGACCAUUUGGGCUUUUAAAAAAGCUGUGACCUCAGGAAAUGUUUAAGUCAUUGAGAACUCUCUUCAGGCCGGAGCUGGUCUUGACCAGGUCCAGCUCCAGUUAUGUGACGAGAAUGAGGUACCUGAUGAAGCUGAAGGAGGAUGACGGGGCGUGCCUGGAGGCGCUCCGCUCUGGCCACCUGCUGCUCUACCACCGACUGGCCCCUCUGCUGCAGAAGGCUCCCGCCUCCGCCACCACCGCCCCGGGACUCUUCCAGCUGCCCGCCAUCAACACCAGCGAUUUGGAAGGAAUACUUGACAAACUUGGGAAGAGCCGGGAGCUUGUGAAUGAAGCCGUUCUUAUUGCCUGCACUGAACAGCAGGAGGCUCAGUUCUCUCUUGAUGUUGGGGCCCUGGACAAGUCUGAGGUGGAGAGGCUGUGUGGAGGAGCAUUCAUAGACCUGAGGAAGGCUUUCUUCCUCCUCCGAGGCCCAGAGGCCCCGCUGGUGGCCCGGGGCCAGGCGCUGCUGCGGUGGCACCAGACGCAUGGCUUCUGCAGCGCUAGUGGGCACCCCACCUUCAGGAACCAGUCGGGCAGCCAGCGCAUAUGCCACAGCAGUGGGCAAACCUACUACCCAAAGAUGGCGCCAGUGGUGAUUACUCUGAUAUCCGAUGGCACCAAGUGUCUACUGGGGAGGCAGGCCACCUUCCCCAGAGGCAUGUACAGCGCCCUGGCAGGAUUCUGUGACAUGGGUGAGACGGUAGAGGAGACGCUGCGUAGGGAGGUGGCGGAGGAGGUGGGGCUGGAGCUGGCCUCAUGGUGGGUGUCCGGUUCUCAGCACUGGCCGUUCCCCCAGAGCUCCUUCAUGGUGGCCUGCCAGGCAACCGUCACCCCCGGCAACACACAGGUGAGUGUGGACCAUGAGGAGCUGGAGGAUGCGCGCUGGUUCUCCCUGCAGGAGGUGGAGGAGGCCCUGCGUCUGAAGAAGCCGCCCCGGAACCCUGAGGGGGAGACGCCCACCCUGUGGGUCCCCCCCAGCUACGCCAUCGCACACCAGCUGCUGCAGGAGUGGGUGCAGCAGCAGAGGAGUGCUGGCCACUAGGAACACACACACACACACACCGGCACAGGCAUACAGACACAUAGGCACAGCCAUACAGACACAGACAAACAAACAAACAAACACACACACACCCACACACACACACACACACACACACACACACACACACACACACACACACACACACACACACACACACACACACACACUCACACAGGCACUAAAGAACUACAGGUAACAAUAUAUGGACCAUUCAGCUAUCUGUAAUAUACUGUAGAAGACCUCAUAAAUAAGUUGUUGGUAUUAAUGCAGAAGCUGUCAGACCCAGCUCUAUGGAUGGCUGUUCCAUCUGGUAAAUUAGGAGGCCAGCACAGGCUCAGAACCAUGGACACCCCCCCAGAACCUCUACACAGACCAGUCUAUGGGCCCUUUAUGAACUAGACAGAACCUGAAGCUCUUGGAAUUGGAAGACACAACUGAAGCUCUUGAGGCCAGCAGCAACAACCAGCCGUGUUAAAAGUGACACCAGCUACAUCUGUGAGGAUGCAACUGCAGACCGGAUCUACUGGAGCUCUAUGUUAUCACGUUAUCAGAGUGGAUCUACUGCUAUCACGUACGUUAUCAGAGUGGAUCUACUGCUAUCACGUACGUUAUCAGAGUGGAUCUACUGCUAUCACGUAUGUUAUCAGAGUGGAUCUACUGCUAUCAUGUACGUUAUCAGAGUGGAUUACUGGAUCUACUGUUAUCACGUACGUUAUCAGAGUGGAUCUACUGCUAUCACGUACGUUAUCAGAGUGGAUUACUGGAUCUACUGUUAUCACGUACGUUAUCAGAGUGGAUCUACUGGAGUCGUACGUUAUCACAUAUGUUAUCAGACAGGAUCUACUGGAUCUACUGUUAUCAUGUAUGUUAUCAGACAGGAUCUACUGGAGUCGUAUGUUAGAGAGAGCCAUCCCUGAGAGGAUCACAUGUCCUGAGUAGACUGCCCAGCUGAUUGCCCUCUACCACCCAAACACAGCAGUGGCGUGGGAACGGUGUGUGGGCCCACAGAGUGCCUUGAAGUGAACGGUAACACGUCACUUGCAUGGUCCAUGCAUCCAAGGACUCUACAGCUCCUCUGUUGAGGUUCAAGUUCAUUAUGAAAAAUAGUUACUGAACACAUCACCUUAACAAUACCCAGCCCCGAGCCUUAACCUUAACCUUACCCACGACCCACAGUUCACAUUGUCAACAAUUAGCUUGUUGAAAACAAGCAGUUCCGGUUAUACGUGUAUUUAAUACGCAAACGGUGCAAAAGAAUGAGAAAUUGCUGUUAUGUAAUGUCAUUUUUAGAAAUUUCAUUCUGAUCUUAGAAAUGUACCAAAAAAGACUAAGAAAACAUGUAUUGUGUUCAAAUUCAAGAAAACUUGAAUUUAUAAACGGCAAAAUCCUAGAUGUUUGGGUAGGGGGUAUCGGCUGCAAAACCCUUGUGUGAGAUGUGUGUGCAUCACAUCAGUGUAGUGUAGUGUUGCCCAAACCACAGAGCUGAUGACAUUAACAGGCCGGUGUACCCUUACAGACAUCUCUUCUCCAGCCCUAAUCUGACCGUAUAAAGGCCUUCUACUGCAGUAGAUUACAGGUAACACACAGAUAGUUGUAGGUAACACACACACUCUUUUAAAAAAGGUUCUUGGGGUGCUAUAUAGAACCAUGCAGGCUUUAGAACCCGUAGGGGUUCCUAUGAACUCUUCAAGAUGGUUUAAAUGACCAUUUAGGGGUGCCAUAUAUUAAGCAGGCAAUAGAAAAAUGUUUGGUUCUAUAUAGCACUUUAUGUUUUUCUAAGAGUGUACAGUAUCAGGAAUACUGCACAGAUAGCCGUUUAGGCCAGGUGCUAAUUUUGUAUCACUUUUCUGUACGUUGUGGCCUUCUCUCUCGGUUCAGAGUGAUGCCGUUAAAGAGUCCUCUACCUCCUAUUAGCUAUACAGCACAUCACUGUGCUCUCCUAUUAGCUAUGCAGCACAUCACUGGGACUAUUAAUGGGCUAUUAAUGUGAAUUUAACAGGUUUUGCACAAGAUACCAAUGAGGUUACAUGUGCAUUUGUGAUGGCUUUUCCUUUGGAGAGAGGGGCAAAGGGAACAGAACUGUAGAACAGAACUAUAGAACUAGAAUAGCACUGUAGAACUGUAAAACAGAACCAUAGAACUGCAGAACAGAACUGUAGAACGAAUCAGAGCUGCUGUAGACCAACUGCAUGGAUCCACUGUGUCAUCAUCAAUCAGGUUUACAGCAGUGUUUGCAACAGUAUCUUUUUUCUUUACUGUGUGAACAUGUGGCCUGUCCAGAGUUUGACUUACUUGAUUAAAUAUACCUUGAUUAAAAUGUGAUUAAAUAUACCUUGAAGUCAUUCCCUACCUCC